UAUCCAUAGACACCAUAGAUGGUAGAAUGAGUGCUUGGCUACCUAAACGAGUGUGUACGUCCGUAUAUGAGAGAUCUGUCGGCCUCGGUAAUCGGACCAACUAUUAAUCCACCUCGACUUUCAUCAGUACGGAAAUCUAUCAGGUCCGGGGCAUUUACACUGAUAUUGGAGAUCGUUAUCGAAUGAUGCAGACCGUUUACCUGCUACGAACCCGCCGCUCAGCUCGACUGCGUUUCUCUUCGCUCCUUCCUCUUGUAUAUCAAAGUUCAAAUCAAUGCCCCUGAAAUGACUACUCAUCAACAUGAGCUCCUCAAGUCGUCAAAGGUCUAGAUCUAGCAAGCGUUUUCAAUGCCCACUGUGUAGCAAAUUCUACACCACGCUGGAACAUCUUGCCAGACACGAGAGAACCCACGCCAAUUUCAAACCUUUUCAAUGCAAAGUGUGCGGUAAAUGCUUUGGCCGUCAAGAUGUCCUGGGAAGGCAUACGAGACUGCAUACGGCUGCUGUUCCUUCUCGGACAGAGUCAUCUAUGGCGGAUAUUACACGGUCCUCGAUAGACAAAACUCGGCUACCUACGCCAUUGAAUCAGUCGAUAGCCAGUGCUGAGUUGUUUGAUCAGCCAGAAGUAGAAAAUAUGAAUGCACUCCUAGACUCACCCGAUGACCUUCUUGAAUGGCUUAUGCCUGAUUUCGGCUCAUCGUCAGCUCUUCCGCUGCCAUUCAUGGAGGAUCAUACUUAUCAACCGUUUGCACAGACGUCCGAUCUGUCUGAUGAGACUGACGCCACCAAGCAAGCACAACGCACACCGGGAAAGAUGGCUGUACACCAGAUUUAUACAUUGAUCGAUGACCUGUCUAAAAGACUGAAUUCUGAUCUGCAAAACGCUGGUUUCACAUCUGCCUUUCUUGAUACUUGCUUACAGGAGUUCCUUAGUCGAACUUUGCCGUCUUUUCCAGUCAUUCAUGAGCCCACUUUCAACCCUCGCGAGAUUAUACCUCCCUUACUGCUGACCAUGGCUGCACUUGGAUCUCUGUUUGUCUGUCUACCGGGCUCCGUUGAAAAGGGAGAGAUUCUUUGGAGAUUGGGUCACACUGCAGUUGCGACAUCUUGGAAUACCCUGCUCGGCCUAAGAGGGCCUCGUGACAGUUGUGAUGGGAUCCAAGUCGUCCUCACAGCUCUUCUUGGUCAGAGUUACGCACUUUUGUCCGGGAAUCCAAAUAUACGUACUACCGCCCUAGUUGUCCACGGCCUUGGCUUCUACUGGGCGAGGACCUGUGGUAUGUAUGUAGUAAAAGAUACUCAAGUGGACGAUGUCCCCGGACUGAAUGCACCCCAGUCGGAAAAAGAAUCUGCGUGGAAGAUGUGGGUAGCUGCAGAGGUCCAACGGCGAGCCCUACUCGGCCAUUACAUUCUGGAUGGGCUGAUAUCCCAGGCAUCUGCAUCACCCGCUAGUGCGCGCCAUUUGAUCAACCCCCUUGACACGACGUUUUCUGACACCGCAUUUGCUGCCAGAACAGCUGACGAAUGGAUUCUGGAGAUGGCACACUCAACCGCCGUUCAGAUACCAUUUUCAUCAGUCUUUGCUUCUGUAUUUUCAAAUGACUACCCUUCCAAGCCCAUAUGUCUGUCAAAAUUCUCAACAAUCGUCGUCAUAGAGGGCCUACAAUCUCUCGUCUCUGAUCUUUACGAAAUCACAGGUCCUACAUUCGGGACUAUACCUGCCACGCAGAUCAUCCAUGCCCUUCUCAGCCUCUAUGAAAGCAACCCCACGAAGCUUCUAAUACAAAAUUAUAACGACGACCACCUACAGCUCUCGAUUCGCUGGCACACAGUCUGUCUCGAACUUGCAGUCUCAUCUACCACCCUCUACCAUCAACUGUGCGAAACCUACAAACUUCCUCGCGUAUUCGGUGAGCGCACUAGUACCAACAGACCAGCCAACCAUCGUAAUUUUGAUUUGACUCAUUGGGCAAUGAGCGCAGAUGCGCUCCGCGCCGUCUUGCACGCAACAGCUAUUAUACGCCUCUUAAACGACAUCCCUUUCUCACGAUCCCAUGCAAUUCAUAUCCCCGCUGCUAUAUUUGCAUCUACAAUGGUUCUCGGAAGCGUGUAUCUUGUGCACGGUGAAAUCAUCCAUCUUCCCGAGAGCUUUCAGUGGCGGGAUUGGGGACAUGCAAUACCAGACACUUUGCAGUACCUGCAUGGAAAGGGAAAUGGAAAGGUUUCGACACUUCGGGUACUCAAUGAGAUCAACUUCCUUCAUACGGGCUUGGAAACUAUUGUCUCUCCGUGGGGUGUGUCGAAGCAAAUGAGGGAGGUUAUUCAAUCCCAGACCACUCUCAACCAUCAGCCUUUCAGUCAUCAUUGA